AAGAACCACGAAGUAGAGUUCAUGAAUACCGUGUACCACAAGAAGCUGUUAAUGGGGUGAAAAGUAGUAUGGAAAAGGCAAGGAUCACUCCAAAGUUCAGUGCUUUAGAUGUGACCAAUACGGACACUUCGCUUCAAACUGUGCAGAACGCAAUACAUGAAACUGUUUUCUUGCAUGAAAACAAUGUGUCUCUGAACAGUUUCAAGAAUGAGGAAAAAGAAGAAGACAUAUGGGAUGAAGAUUUCUCGAUAGCGGAUGUAAUCGAGACUUGUGGUUAUCAUUUGGGGUCAAUAAAUGAUGCAGAAUUCAGCUCAGAGAGGAGCAAUGGUACUGGCCAGGUCACAGCUGUCAGUCUCAGGACUGCUGCUUGCGUUAGUCUCAGGAUUGGCAUCACUGGUUCUCCUCAGUCCUAUCAGCCCUCGAUGCCACAAACAGCAACUCCAAACCAGAGAGAAUGCGCCAAGGAGACCCUCUCGAGUGCCUGUGACAGCAGUCAGAUUUAAUGAUUAUCUUAUGAGCUGAAGGAUUGAUCAUGAAGAUCUCAAGCUAGCCAAGGAUGCGGAACCCAAUUCAUAUGAAAAGGCCAAGUGAAGGACGGAUUGGGUGAAAGCAGUGAAGGAUGGGUUGGAUUCAAUUCACAAAACUAAGACAUGGCAACUCAUUAAUCCUGCAAGUAAUGUCAAG